AUGGCUUCCCAUUGCGCCACUUUCGCCAUCAGAGACCAUGUCCAUCGUGCACUCCCAACCGUUUCAGCCGCUUUGAAUGUCUACCAGUUGGUGAAUGAACUCCGGACCAAGGUGUCAGCACACUCCUCUUCUGACCUCACCAGCUAUCUCUCUCACAUCAAGCAGUUCAGACAGGCGCUCACACUUCUCACCAACACUUGCAAACUAGCAAUCCUGUGGGUUCAAGACACCACUGCUUUAGAUAAUGUUCUGCAUUUACUUGAACAAUUGCGGGACACAGAGAAGCGCUGCCUUCACGAUCAAGGGAUUCUAGGUGUCGCCUUCAGUGUCCUCCAAGAUGAGUUCCAUGAUCUUUUGAUCCAAAACAGUUCGCCUGUUCCGGUUCCUUCCUCACUUUUCUCAUCUGGUGAUGAGGACACUGAUCCUUUACCACAACCUGUUUUGCCUAUUCGUGUUGUAGACAACCUUAAAGCUAUUGUAGGUUGCUUUCCGGCAUGUGACAGCCGGCGGUUCAUGUCUAUAUAUGUCGAGGUUCGUAUCACGACUGUUAAAAUGAGUUUACAAGGUCUUGAUUUGGAUUAUUUGGAUAUCUCUUUAUCAGAAUUUGAUAGCGUGCAAGACAUAGAAGGCUACGUAGACGAAUGGGGGAGGCAUUUGGAGUUUGUAGUCAAGAAUGUGCUUGAACUGGAGUACACACUCUGUCACCAGGUGUUUGGCCAACUAGAUUGCUUCUCCAGGAUCGCACUCCGGUCAGGAAUACAAGGUUUUAUCAAAUUCGGGAACACGAUCACAAAAGCCAAGAAAGAAGCCAUCAAGCUAUUCAAGCUGCUGGAUGUCUUUGCCGUGCUCCAUAAUCUGAGACAGGAUUUCAAUAGGUUUUUCGGUGCGAAACCCUGUUCAGAAAUUCAAACCCAGACAAGGGAUCUCAUCAAGAAGCUUGUCAACGGGGCAUCCGAAAUUUUCCAUGAGCUAUCAGCACAAGUUCAGCUUCAAAGGCUAAUGGAUCCACCUCCGGAUGGCUCGGUUCCAAGACUGGUUAGUUUUGUGACAGAAUAUUCGGAAGAGCUGCUGGAUGAUGACUACAGACCUGUACUGGACCAGGUUCUUGAAAUCCACUGCAGCUGGUACAACAACGAAAAGAGACAUGUUGUUUCGGUUGAGGUUCAGAACAUAAUGAAAUCCCUGGAACUUAACAUAGAGACAUGGGCAAAUAGAUAUGAAGACGGCGCUUUGCGUUGUAUUUUCAUGAUGAACACCAGUUGCUACCUGAGCAAACAUGUAAAGGGUACAAGGCUAGGGGAUCUAAUGGGGGAAUCUUGGUUGAAGCGACAUGAGGAUCGCGUGGAAUACUAUGCACAACUUUAUCUGAGAGAGAGUUGGGGAAAGAUGUUGUUGACCAAUAGUGAAAGAAUCAAAGGAUUCACGGAGGCAUUUGAUCAAGAAUAUGGAAAACAAUCGGGGUGGGUGUUGUGUGACAACAGUUUGAGAUGGAAAACCGGGCAGCUAAUAGUGGGAGUCAUAAUUCCUGUUUACAAGAGGUUGGUAGAAAGAAGCAGUAACAAGUAUGUAAAAUAUAGUUCAGAGAGCAUAGAGAAUAUGGUGACUUCCAUGCUUCAGCCCAAGUACGGCAGCAACAUCAAGUUGUUGGAUCGGAUCAGGAGCGUGGUUGCAGGACGCUUCUCACCAACAACUACAAUUGCUGCAGCUUGA